AUGAGUUGGUUCAGCGUUCCCUUUUGCGGCUACAGCUGCGAGUUUUCACCCUUCCGUGGAAACCUGCUGGCAAUAGGGACUGGCCAGUACUUCGGAAUUGUUGGCAAUGGCAAGCUCCACGUGCUGGACAUCGCUGCACCCGGUGGACAGCCGGUCUGCGAGUGGAUGACGAAUCAGGCGGUGUACGACGUUGCCUGGAGCGAGGCCAACGAGCACGUCCUACUUACGGGGCAGGCAGAUGGAACCCUGAAGCUGUUCGAUUGGACCAACCCUCAGGGUCCCAUCAUGUCGCUGGAAGAGCACACAGCUGAGGUCUAUGGUGUUGACUGGAACCUCAACGAGAAGCAUCUCAUUUCUUCGGCAGCCUGGGACCACUCUGUCAAAGUGUGGGAUGCAAUGCGCGGGGUCUCCGUCAGCACUUUCCGCGCGCAUCAGAACCUGGCCUACGCUGCAAUCUGGUCCCCGGCCAGGCCAGCGUGCCUUGCGAGCGUUGGUGGGGAUGCAAUGCUCCACAUCCAGGAUCUCAAUGCGGGCGAGAUGCCCGUACAGAGCAUUCAGGCUCACCAACAUGAGAUCCUGACAGUUGACUGGAACAAGUACAAUGAGUUUAUGGUUGUCACAGGUAGUGUUGACAAGACCAUCCGCACGUUUGACUUGCGCAACUUUGGCCAGCCUUUGCAGAUUCUGCACGGGCAUCAGCUGGCGGUCAAGCGAGUCAAGUGUCAUCCGUACAACGAGACCCAAAUCGUCUCCUGCUCUUACGACACGGCUGUGAAUGUCUUCGACAUGACCAUGGGUCAAAUGAUCCAACACUUCGACCAACACACAGAGUUCACUCUGGGUGUUGACUUGAGUCUGUUCGAGGAAAAUGUCAUUGCUUCAACUUCUUGGGCAGAUCACUCAGCUGCAUCCGCGGAGGUCAACCGUGCCGCGGUUCUGCCUCUGGUGGUGGCUGCAGUCCUUGCUUGCGUGACGAAGUUUUGUGCAUUCACGCUGCCACAGCCGAGUAGCAGGCGGAGCGAUCGCGUGCGGCUACAUGCUGAGGGUAAAUGCGUCGGCAACUGCCUACAGCCAGAUGGCUCGUGGAAGCCCACCGGUGAGAUUGACAUUCAGGCCUACGUCUACCCAAAGUGGUACAUGCACCCUGUACCUGAUCCCAGCGCCAUGGGCAAUGGCUGCUCCGAGCAGACAGACUGCUGCUGGGCUCCGUUCUAUGCCUUGCUGGCCAGUGGCCGAGGUGACUUGGUCCUGUACGGCUUCCCCCAGAGACCUCGUGGUCCGGAUGCUACGAAGGCGAAUGGGAGCUAUGUCCUGUGCGGAGAGCACCAUGGUCGCCCGGUGUUUCAGCAUGUAAGCGGCACAGGACCUUUCAUUUACUUCUGGGACGAGCGAGACGGCGAGAACUGGCGUGGCUGGUGGCUAGGCCCAGCUGUAGGCGCUGCGGAAGUUUGGGCAUACAACGCAGAGGUGGAGGAAGGUCCUCUCCCACCGACGCAGUCCUGGCGCAGCCCGUGGCAUGGUCCGAUCCAUCCGAUGCUGAAGCUGUACAUCUGGCCCCGCACCAAGUUGAAGGCACGGAUGCAGGCGACCCCUUCUGUCGAGCCCGCAUUGCCAGAAGAGCGAGCCGUGCCAGCCUGGCUUCAAAACCCCGGUGAGGCCGAGGUGGCCUUGAGCGAAGACUCCGCAAAGCUCGGCAGCUGCGGGAUCUGCCUCGAGCCAGUCUGGAACGCGGAGCCCAGUGUUUUUCUGGUGAACCUGAAGCGUCUGUGCCGCCACUAUUUCUGCCGUGCCUGUGCCAAGCGGAUGUUGGUGGAGCAGACGACACUUGGCCUCCGGCCGCUGCAGGAGGACAUGCAGAUAGGGAUGCUCGAUGGCCUUUCUUCAGUGAUGGAUGCCGCAGGACGGAGGGUAGGAGACUUGGUUUGGUCCGAAACAGGCCAGCGACUGUGCGACGGAGAAUUUUUCCUCGUUCUCACGCAGUUGCAGCGAUUGAGACACUUGGAGGCCGGCAUGGAGUUUCGCUUCAAGGAAGGCGAGGCGUUGGUCAUCCGGCGAGGCGUCCUGCUGGGCUGCCUUCUGAAGGGAGCCUGGCGCACACUGAAGCGGAUGACCCACGAGGAGUUUCUGCAGGAAGGACUGGAGGAUGUGACGGUCAGCAGCCGCAACAUCAAGGAUUUGCGAUCAAAGUUCAUCGUGUACAGUGGAGGAGAGUUCAGCUGCUGGACUUGUGGCCGCUGCUCGCUGGAGAACACCUCCAGCGAUUUCAAGUGCAAGCUUUGCGGAGGCCCGCCGCAGCGGCCGGAGGACAUGCCUGAGCAGAACCUGCCCUUGGACAGAUUCGGAGCUGCAGCGCUGAGGAGUCGAUUUGCUCUGCGACCUCAGCUCCAUUGGGCCGUACCUUUACAAUGUCCGCUGUGCCGGAAUGGCGGUACGGCUUCCGUCACCCCGAUGCCGAGCCUGCGUGAGGCUCCCUUCGAUUGGUUCAGCCUCGUGGAUGUUGCCGGGGCUGGGAAGCUAAGCCUGUUCGAGCUGUCAGCCGGCCUGGCCACUGUGUUGCCACUCAGCUCAGAGCGCCUGGAGUCCGAGCUGAAAGAUCAGUUUCCCGCUCUUCGCUGGCCCAUCAACUACGAGCAGUUUGCUCAGCAGGAGGGCCCCGCACAUUGGGCCACGCGACAGCUGCAGGCUCUCCACCGCCAUGACGGCGGUGGCCCCGAGGAGGAAGCCCUAGCACAGUCGGUUUGGGAGGCGUUCCAGGAGCAGUACACCGGUGCUGCAGAACGUGGUAUGUACAUGGACACACCCGUGGGUGAGAACGACAUCAAGUACAGAUGGAGGCGACUCCGUAACACCUUCGGCAUCACCAGUGAGGAGGCGGUGGGUAUUAUGCAGACAGAUGCGCUUCCUCUAGUCAUUGAUGCCGACUACGUGCAGGUCCGGUGGGCACACCGUCCAUGGGGGUUGGGAACUGCAGUCGCAAGCAAGCAGAACUUUAAAGCUGAAUGA